CUGAGAGAUAGGAAGCAACAUUCGGUCGCUAAAGUAUGUGAGACACAUUUCAAUUUGAUGCAAACGAUUGGUCUAUAUUUAAUGCGGCAAUUUUUAGUGCCUUCAGACUAGAGACGACGUUAAUUUCUAGCUUUGUCGGGUCCCUUUCAGCAGUAGUCAAAUUGGUUUUGAGUUACAUUGAAUAUUCCAAAUGAGAUACGAUCGCACGUGAGGCUACGAAAGCUAUACCAAGCCUCUCACUCAUGUGUUAAACGGAUACGGACCCAGCUUGAGCACCGAAUGUAAAAGACCGUCAACCUCCCCAUUUUGUAGCUAAACACACCAUGUUCAAUCAAAUUAGCGAACGACAAAAUGAGCUCGCCCACAAUUCGGGUUCAAGCAAGCGACAGCUUUGCUCAUACCCAUAAGUCUGUGUAAGUUAGACCAGCGACCCAACUCGAACCUGAAAUCAAACCGAAUUCCUUUCGUUUGCUGGAUGAUUACCGCGUACCUUGGGCUGAUAACACAGGUGCGCCAAAUCAUAAGCCUCGAUGAAGCUAGUAAAAGUGGAUUUUUAAACGUCUAGGAGUCUUAGAAGCAGAAUUUCUUUUCCCACAUUACCAGUUUUAAUCUGAUGAUCCCAAUGAACACGUUCCGCUAUACGUAGAGAUGGACUCUGUACUGAUAAACGAGACGAGCCGGCAAAGAACGAUAUUCACGUGACUGAUUCAGCUGAUCGUUUAUGGCUGUGGUGAUUUGACUUUUUAUUCAAGCGUAUUAUGAUGUCUCUGUUCUUAAGGUUAUCUCUGAGAGGCGCUUGCGAAGCUGCGCAUUUUAAUUACAUGGCUCGAGAUACCGUGAGUGGUCCGGGAACAGCCUUUUGCUAUAGAAAAAGGAUAGCUUUCCUGUUGAUACAAUGCGUCGUCUUUGGCAGUGUGCCUUCGGGCAAUGGAUUAUGUCUUUCGUUGCCAAGUUUGAGCUAAAUUAACUCAUGUACUUGUCACAUAAUUGCAGUAUCGAUUGCGUAAGAGUCAGACAUGAUGUGUGCUGCGCUAUUGAAAUCUGUCGAAAGCAAAUAUGAUUGAGCACUGCGAUCACUAUAUUUGAGCGUUGCAAGUACGAAUAUACCGCUUCUUUCCUCGUUUAAAUAUUUGCUGCAUUAUAGCAGAAAUUGGCUUGGAACACAACGUGCGGUUGUACUCUAUGAAUAUGUGAUGCGGAUUAAACAUCUCAAGAAAUAGAUAUUGGUAGAUAAAAAUUGUCAAGAUCAGUGAACGGUAU